UUAUUUGUCGGCUUCGCGCUUACUGGAAUUUCGUAUGGAUUGAUGCAAUCCAGUAGCAUAAAUUAUUUGGCUGAAAUUUGUGAGCCUUCAUAUCGAUCUCUUUUUUUUGGUUAUGGUGACAUUUGUAUUUCAUGUGGAAUUGUCAUGAUUUAUUCAUUGAAUACGAUGAUGUCUUGGCGAAAAGUGUGCUUUAUUUGUGCAAACCUACCGUUAAUUACAGCAAUUGCUGUUUUCUUUUUGCUUCCCGAAACACCACAAUUUCUCCUCUCGAAGAACCGAACUGCUGCGGCCAAAGUGUCGCUCCGCCGCCUGCGAGGAUGGGUGCCAUAUGAAGCUGUAGCUCAAGAAUUCGAAGAUUUACAGCGACAAAGUGAACGAUCAAAAUCAUGUUACACUUGCAUCAAACAAGAUUUAGCAUGCACUCAUGCGCUGCCAACCAUGAGUGAAAAGUUUGCCGAAUUAAAACGAAAAUCAACGCUAAAACCGCUCUUCAUUAUUAUCACGCUCUUUUUCCUGAUGCCAUUUACAGGCAUUAUGGCAAUGAGACCGUAUAUGUUGCAAAUAUUUAAAGCCUAUAACAGUCCUAUUAAACCAGACCAUGCAAUGACCAUUCAAUCAUUUUUUUCCGCUGCAGGAACCUUGACUAUGAUGCUCUUGGUUAGGUUCACGGGCAAACGGCGACUUUACCUAUUUUGCAUGUCAGCUGUAUUGGUUUCUAGUGCGACCAUCACAUGGUUCGGAUUCACUUACUUACCUUCGGGUUUUAUUUCUUUCGAUCAAGCUAAUCGCAAACCAUUUCAAUUGAACAACAAGUCACUCGAGAACAUUCCAAUGAUAUGUUUGAUGACAUGGAGCUAUUUCACAACGUGCGGUCUGCUGGGAAUUCCAUUCACUCUCACUUCCGAAUUGUUUUCAUUCAAAUCUCGUGGCAUCGCUUGUGGCAUGGCAAUUUCCAUGCUUUCAGUUUUCAUGUUCAUCGGAAAUAAAACCUACUAUAACAUACCCAGCUAACAAAAUUGUAACGUUUUUUAUCCAUUUUAACGCUGAAAAAUGUAACGUUUUGACCCGUUUUGGUGGUUAUUUUCGUGUAAAAUUGAAGGUUGAUUAUAGGCACACAGAUUACGCAUUGUACGGCAUAAUGUGAACCCGACUCAAUACAACGUUAAGUUUUAAUUUUGUUUUCCAAUUCUAAUUAUUCGUUUGACGCAAAUAAAAAAAAGACAAUUUGUAUACAUACAGAGA